AUGGCCGUGCCGGUAGGGCCACGAGUAUCCAAGGAGGACUUCAUGCACGCACUGGGUCUUGACACAAAUAAUCCCCAGCAUGAUCCAUUGUAUCGUGCAAUGAGGGAUGAGGCCAUUGCUGUAUACAACCAGAUGAACCAAGACAAUUCAAAUCUGCUGGAUAAUUUGAGGAGCAACCCAGAGAUAAGGCCACCCUUUUUCUGGCAUCAUAUUCGACCGGAUCGACAGCAAUGGGGCAUUAUGGAGAUAUGGAGGCGCGCUGGGCCUGUUACUCGCCCCCUAUUUGAUCGCGGAGACACUCGAGGUGAAUACGGUCCCAACUGGGUAACGGGAUGGUUGUUGUACAGCGUUUUCCGCUCACGAGAUAUUCGCAAUAAUCGCAAUCGAAGGAAAAACGAUGACAAUGGCUCCGGAAAUAAUUCAGGUGAUACACCCCAUAUUGCACUUUAG